UUGUCCGCUUCAUCGUUUUUUCAACAAGUUCCCUGUUCUUUUUCUUGCUUCAACCCACCCCAUAGACCAAUAGUUUAUACUUUGUUCAAGUGGUGAUUCGUUUUGCUGGGGAAGCAUAAAGCUAAGGUUUUUGGCGUACUUUUGGCAAGGAAGAAACAGGAUCACAUUGACCUUUCUUUUUCUCAGGGUCUUCCUUCUAUUGAGAGAAAAUGAACCAGGAAAUGAAUGGGGUUGAGGCUGAGAAGCAGCAAGAGAAUGGAAAUGGGAAAAUGGGUUAUGAUGUGCUGGAGAAAAUAGACUAUGUGUUUAAGGUGGUUGUGAUAGGGGACUCAGCAGUUGGCAAGACUCAAAUACUGUCAAGGUUUGCAAAGAAUGAGUUUUGCCUUGACUCAAAGUCCACCAUUGGUGUUGAAUUCCAGACCAAGACUGUCACUAUUAAUGCCAAACUCAUCAAAGCUCAGAUCUGGGAUACUGCUGGCCAAGAAAGGUACAGGGCUGUAACAAGUGCCUACUACAGAGGUGCAUUAGGGGCAAUGCUGGUGUACGACAUAACAAAGAGGCAAUCAUUUGAUCAUGUUGCGAGGUGGCUUGAGGAGCUGCGUGCACAUGCUGAUAGCUCCAUUGUGAUCAUGUUGGUUGGUAACAAAGCUGACCUUGUGGAGCAGAGAAUGGUGCCAACUGAAGAUGCAGUGGAGUUUGCUGAGGAUCAGGGUCUCUUCUUCUCUGAGACUUCAGCUCUCAGUGGUGACAAUGUGGAGAGUGCAUUCCUCAAGCUGCUAGAGGAGAUCAAUAGUGUAGUGUCUAAAAAGGCAUUGGAAUGUGGUUGUGGGAAGGUCAAUGGUGACAGCAAUUUUGCCUCACUCAAAGGAACUAAGGUUGAUAUACUCUCAGUUCCUGAAUUGGAAAUCAGUGAGAUGAAGAAAUUGUCUUCUUGCUCUUGUUAAUAUUGCUACUGUGAUUUUAGAUAGUGUAUUUGAUUUUAAGUUUGGAAAAAAGAACACAGUCAAAUAUAUA